AUGUCAUGCGAAAACUCUCACUCAGCAAAGAGAAUAAAGCAAUCUUUUAUAGUAACUGGUAAAACUGAGGCCGAAAUCAAAGCGGACUUUGUAAACUUGUUCUCGGACGAGUUAAUCUUACAUGUAUUUCAAUACUUGGAUGCAAAAGAUUUGAGCGCCUGCGCAAGAGUAUCCUCGCACUGGCAUCGAUUGGUUAACGAUCCUCAAUCAGCUUCCCGGGUCAGUCUUUUGCAUCGCCCAGUCCCAGCACAUUACCGACAUCCGCAACGUCUUCGCUUGUCCUCGUCCGCCUCUCAUUCUGAGGAUUGGAAAGAUAUCUAUCGGGUUAACCACAACUGGCAAACAGGAAACUGUCGGGUGAUAGAGUUCCAACCUGUACCGUCAGUUGAUCGAGUGCCAGUUAGUCAUAUAAGAUUAAGACACGCUCCGCCGUCUAAUCCAUUAGUUCAAUUUACCAAACAUGUGAUAUUGACUGCUUCGUAUACAGUAGGAUCUGAUCCAGAGAUAAUAUUGUGGAGAGCAGGAGAAAAGGAUUCAAAGAUUGGCUUACUUAAAAGUGGUAUACAUAAAGGCGUAAUAAAUGAUAUAUAUAUUACCUGCCUCAAACUCGAUUCGGUAGACGAAGUAGAGGACGAAUUUGGUUGGCAAAAACGAAUAGUUGCUGGUUAUUCCAAUGGUGGAUUCUCCAUCUUUGAGUUUGAUACUAUACUAAAAGACCCAACUCACAACUGGAGAUAUCGAGAAGUUGUGAAUAUGCCAGUAAGACUAUGUGGAGAGAUACCGGUGAUUGCGUGCGCUUUACAUUAUCCGAUAUUAGUUACUUGUACUGCGCAGUUUGUGCUGAGCGUCUAUGAAAUAGUGAAUGCGGGGGAGAAAGUAGAGUAUAGGCUAUUGCAUCAAUUGAUCAGUUUUAUAUGUAAACCUCCUUUGGAUAUAUCUCUUGAAGAAAAGGAUGACGAAGAACGAGGCAAGAGUGGUGAAUGGCGGAUUAUUGUCGCUUACGCAACUGGCGUGUAUGGCGGCGGAUGGACUGUUGGCAUUCAGGAAAUUCUUUUCAAUUCAACAUCGAUUAUCUCGACGACUCAUUGUUCCCCGCAAAUAUCUUCUUCCGUAUUCUCUUUUGCUCCAAUAACCACCAUUUCCUACAAAUCUUCACACCUAAUUACAGCACACUCCGACAACACUAUUCAACUAUUUCAUGUCACGAAUCCCAAUAGUAUAUUACAAUGCACGCACACCCAGACGUUAUAUGGACAUACGGGCAGUGUACAAGCUGUUGCAAUUGAUGAAUAUGGGAAACUAAUAAGCGGUGCAAUGGAUCAAAGUAUCAAAAUAUGGGAUCUUGGGAUCAGAGGGAAAGCAGAAGAAGAUAUGGAUGAGAGAAGGGAGUGGGAAGAGAAAGAAAUCAAAGAGAAAGGGGCGACGGGUGAAGCUGUGUGCGUUGUUACGUUGAAUGAUGCUAUGGACAUGGAUGUAGAGUCCAAGGGUGUUAAUUGGCUGGGAUUUGAUGAAGGGCGGAUUGUAAGUGUGAAUGGCGGAUGGCAGGAUGGUAGUAUGGUAAGAGUUGGGAACGGAGAGAAUGCUCCGGCUGGAUGGACUUCAAAUGGACAGUUUGGCGUCGGGGUGGUCAAAGUGUGGUCCUUUUGUGACGAGUAA